UAUAUUCUUUCUUUGUGUUUUUAUUACUGCCUGUUAUUUAAUUACCCUGUCUGACUUGUUUUCGUUCACAGGCGUGUCUGAAGAGAUCACUUCUUGCUUGGGGGCCAGAGCAGACUGAGGACCUACUUCUGCAGCUCCAGAAAAUGUUGCAGAAAUGAUAACGGCACAGGAUUUGCAUGAAGAGUUCCAGUUUCCUCAAGAUACAGAAUCUCAGUUGUCUUCAGAUGCUGACCUCGAGGAUCCUGAUGGAAGAAAUGCCAAGACAGGAAGGGGCAUGGGAGCCAAGAGGGGGAGGAAGGUGCUGGGAGACAAGGCCAAAAUUGGGGGAGCAGGAAGGGUAACUGGUGCUGGCUGGGUGAAUGGCCUUCAUAAGGAGAACGGGAUAGAGAAUAUAAGCCUGUUUGAAGUGGUUAAAGUGGGGAGGAGCGCCACACAGUCUGUUGUUGAUGACUGGAUUGAGGCCUACAAACAAGACAGGGAUAUGGCACUCUUGGAGUUAAUCAACUUCUUCAUUCAGUGCUCUGGCUGUAAAGGUGCUGUGAGUGAAGAAAUGUUCAGACAUAUGCAGAAUUCUGAAAUCAUCAGGAAAAUGACAGAGGAGUUUGAUGAGGACAGCGGUGACUAUCCUUUAACACUCUCAGGACCACAGUGGAAAAGAUUCAGGAUACAUUUCUGCGACUUUAUUGCAGUCCUCGUUCGUCAGUGCCAAUACAGCAUCAUAUACGACGAGUAUAUGAUGGACACAGUCAUCUCUCUGCUCACUGGCCUGUCGGACUCACAGGUCAGGGCUUUUAGACAUACAAGCACACUAGCAGCCAUGAAGCUGAUGACUGCCUUGGUAAAUGUUGCUCUGAACCUGAGCAUCAAUAUGGACAACACUCAGAGACAGUAUGAAGCAGAAAGGAACAAAGUUAUUGCCAAAAGGGCCAAUGAUAGGUUGGAGUUGUUGUUACAAAAGCGGAAAGAGCUGCAGGAAAAUCAAGAUGACAUUGAAAACAUGAUGAAUGCAAUUUUCAAAGGAGUCUUUGUUCACAGAUAUCGUGAUGCGAUUGCCGAGAUUCGAGCGAUAUGCAUUGAGGAGAUAGGAGUAUGGAUGAAGCUGUACAGCGAUGCGUUUCUCAACGACAGUUACUUGAAGUAUGUCGGCUGGACAAUGCAUGAUAAGCAAGGUGAAGUACGACUGAAGUGCCUGACUGCCCUACAAGGCUUGUACUAUAACAGAGAGCUCGGCGCCCGCCUGGAGCUCUUCACCAGUCGCUUUAAGGACCGCAUUGUGUCAAUGACUCUGGACAAAGAAUACGAUGUUGCGGUGCAAGCUGUUAAACUUCUGACACUUAUCUUACAGAGUAGUGAUGAGGUUCUGACAGCAGAGGACUGUGAGAGCGUGUAUCACCUGGUUUACUCAGCACACCGGCCAAUCGCUGUUUCUGCAGGGGAAUUUCUGUUUAAAAAGCUCUUCAGCCAUCGAGGUCCAGAGGAGGAGGGUUUACCAAGGAGGGGCAGGCAGAGCCUCAAUGGCAGCCUUAUCAAGAUUACUGUCUUCUUCUUCUUGGAGAGUGAGCUCCAUGAACAUGGAGCGUACUUGGUUGAUAGUUUGUGGGAGUGCGCCUCGGAGCUCCUGAAGGACUGGGAAACCAUGAUUAGCCUGUUGUUGGAUGAACCCAUGCCAGGAGAGGAGGCCCUUACUGAUCGUCAGGAAACGGCUCUGGUCGAGAUCAUGCUCUGUGCCGUUCGGCAGGCUUAUGAAUGUCACCCUCCAGUAGGCAGAGGCACGGGGAAAAGGGUCUUGACUGCAAAAGAAAAGAAAACUCAGCUGGAUGAUCGGACACGAAUCACAGAAAUGUUUGCUGUUGCAUUACCUCUGUUAUUAGCAAAGUAUUGUGUUGACAUCGAUAAGGUGACCAAUUUACUUCAAAUACCAAAAUACUUUGAUCUUGACAUCUACACCACUGGCCGUUUAGAAAGGCAUUUGGAUGCUUUGCUGCGACAAAUCUGGGAGGUUGUGGACAAGCACACAGACACUGAAGUGUUGGAGGCCUGCUCCACCACCUACCACUGUCUCUGCAACGAGGAGUUCACCAUCUACAACCGCGUGGACAUUACCCGCUCACAACUGCUGGAUGAGUUGGUAGACAAAUUCAACAGACUUCUGGAGGACUUCCUGCAAGAGGGGGAAGAACCAGAUGACGAUGACGCCUACCAGGUUCUAUCAACACUUAAGAAGAUCACUGCUUUUCACAAUGCGCAUGAUCUCUCCAAGUGGGAUCUGUUCACCAGCAACUACAGGCUGCUCAACAUAGGUCUGCAGAAUGGGGACAUGCCUGAACAGAUUGUGAUUCAUGCCAUGCAGUGCACACAUUACAUCAUCCUGUGGCAUCUCGCAAAGGUUUCAGAUGGCACUUCAGUAAAGGGUGAUUUGGUGACUCUGAGAAAACAGAUGAGAGCAUUCUGCUUAGUAUGUCAGCGUUACCUAAACAGCAUCAACACAGCAGUUAAAGAGCAGGCUUUCACAAUACUGUGUGACUUGUUGCUGAUCUUCAGUCACCAAAUCAUGUCGUCAGGCCUGGAACGUCUGGAGGAUCUGGUCUAUGCUCCAGAUUCCUCUCUGCAAGUAGAACUGCUAAACUUCAUCCUGGAUCAAGUUUUUAUUGAUCAGGAUGACGAUGUCAACAGCUCAGAUGGACAACAAGAUGAUGAGCCCAGUAAAAUUGAGGCUAUGCACAAGCGGAGAAACCUUCUUGCAGCCUAUUGCAAAUUAAUCAUUUACAAUGUUGUUGAAAUGAAUACUGGAGCAGAUAUCUUUAAACAUUACAUGAGAUAUUACAAUGAUUAUGGUGAUAUCAUCAAGGAAACGAUGAGCAAAACUAGACAAAUCGACAAAAUACAGUGUGCAAAGACGCUCAUAUUGAGCCUGCAAAAGUUAUUCAAUGAGAUGAUGUCUGAACUUGGCUUUAACUUUGACCGCUCAUCAUCAGCUUUCUGUGGAGUAAAAGAACUGGCUCGACGCUUCUCACUAACCUUUGGUUUGGAUCAGAUAAAAACUAGAGAGGCGAUUGCCAUGUUACAUAAAGAUGGAAUUGAGUUUGCAUUUAAAGAACCCAGUCCUCAAGGAGAAGGGUGUCCACCACUUAAUCUGCCAUUUUUGGAUAUCCUAAGCGAGUUCUCAAGCAAGCUCAUUCGACAAGACAAGAGGACCGUUCACAUGUACCUGGAGCGAUUUAUGACAUUUCAAAUGGCCCUUCAGAGAGACGACUGCUGGCUCCCCCUCAUCUCAUACAGAAAUUCUCUGCAGGCUGGAGUGGAUGAUGAUGCCAUGUCUGUCAUCAGUGGGAUCAGCAGUCGAGGGUCCACCGUCAGGAGUAAGAAAUCCAAACCGGCCACUGUGAGCAAAAGAAAACUGCCGGAAGAGGAGAAUAGCAGCAGCAGCAUUGAUGGCGUCUGGAUGAAUCGUGAGCAGAGUGUGCCGACACCAGUUAUGAUGCAUUCACCCCACCUCACUUCUACUGUGUUGAGGGAUCCAAAGAGGAUGAGGCCAGAGGACAGCUACACAGCCGCAUUCUCUAUGCCAACAGAGGAGCACCUUCAUCAAGCACUUCCUCCACAACAGCUGCCUCAUCACCAACACCAGGCUGCCAUAGAUUAUAACACCCAGGUUACCUGGAUGUUGACACAGAGGCAACAUGCUGAAGCCCGUCAGCACCAGGAACGGAUUAGCAUGCAGUAUGCUAAGAUGAGGAACCACAUGCAGCAAGCAGUUCGUCGAGGGUCUGGAUUAAUGGAGGAUGAUGAGGAACCAAUAGUGGAGGACGUGAUGAUGUCAUCAGAGGAUCGCUUGGAAGACAUCAAUGAGGGCAUGGAUUUUAAUACAAUGGAGAUUGAUUUGCCUGCAUCUAAGAAUCGAAGAGAAAGAAAUGAACUAAAGCCAGAUUACUUUGAUCCGUCCUCCAUUAUGGAUGAUUCGGUUCUUAAUGUUUCUAUGUUCUAACACGAAUUGGAUAAAGGACAAUGCAUCAUUAAAAUCCUCUUCUUGGAAGAAGAAAUGACCGUUCUCUGUGAAAUCUUUGAAAGGAAAAGGUUGAAAUGAAUUACAGUGGUCUUUGGUGACUCCAGUAUUUGCCUCUUUACCACUUCAAGACUUGGAGGGAGAGCCUCAUGUUGAAUUAGAACUUUAUCCGGCUGUUUUCAUGUAUAUGAUUGGUCAGACUGCAAAGACGAACAGGAUUCUGUUUCAGUAUCCAAUCUCUAGAAGAAGAUUUUAGAGGGGCGUACUUGUAGUCUGGGUGUGCAGGCUUAAUUUUCGACUUUUAAUGUAAAUCUUUUCCCCUGGUUUUUGCAUUUGGUAUAUAGAUAAUUGUCUGAUAUAAAUACAUAGUGGCCAACAUUCAGGAGAGGUGAACACAAUUUCAUUAACAUCAUUAGACAGACUUAUGGAUGAAAACUACUGUUCUCAUGAUUUUGGUGCUCAGUAGUUGUCUAAGACUUUAAAAGAAUGGAUUUUUUUCAAGGAUAUGGUGGCUCAACUUUAUUAUAGUUGUUACUUAUAGAAAUAAUUCUAGGUUAAUGUAAUCUAAAGACAAACAUGCCAAACAUAUGAACAUAGACUAGUUUCAGAACGGCAGCACUUCUUACAUGGCCACUAAAUCAAAUAACAAAGCAGUUAAUUCUAUGGUGUUCACUUCUUGUACUGGUGAACUGUAGAUUUUGGCAUGUAUUGAGAUCUUUACGCAGUAAAUUAUAAUGUGAACUAGCUUGUCAUACUGUUGAUAGGCCUUGCCACAAGUGGUAUACAGCGUUCUCAGAUUUCUUUGAUGGUAUUUUUAAGAAAAAUGUGUUCUGCUUUUAUACCCUAUAGAUAACUUUGAUUUAUAGAUAUUUUGUAUUGACAAUCAAAUGUAAUUUAAUAGUUUCUAAUCAUGCCAUUUCACCUAGAAACGUAAAUAAUCAUUUUCAAUUGAAAUGGAAUGGUGUUUCUAUAGAUAUGCCCAGCUGUUUCUGUUUUUGUUUCUUCUCACUAUAAUAGCUGCGUGCAAUAGGUAUGUAUUGAUUUAAUCUAGUUCCAUAGCAAAUGGGUGGUUGAUUCUAAAAAUGUUUUUUGUAGAAUCGGAAACUUUUGCAAGUCCCAUCAAUAACAUCUUGACCCAACCGUAAACAUUUAAUCUUUCCUAUAGCCUGUUUUUACAUUGUAUUGUAACUGAUAUCUAAUAUCCCACAAACAUGCCAUAUAUUUGCAUUUUUGUUUAAAAAAGAAUAGGAAAAAUUCUUCAGAAAGUUGUGCGUUGUUUGUUAUUUUUUUAAUUCCAGUAUACAGUUGUGCAGAGGAUUUUUAUACAUUUUGGUUUUCCACUGUUGAUAUUAAGAAAUUAUGCUCAAUUACUAAGACUCAGAAUACUUUAGUAAGCUAUGAUAGUAUUUGACUUGUAAAUUAUACAAUUACAAAGGUGUAAUAUAUUGUGAGUAUGUGCGUUUAUAUGUGCACUUUCUUCAUGGGUGAAAUUUUAAGUAGCAUUUAAAGAAAAACAAUGCUACUCUGACAUUAACCCACUAAUUUUAGGUAUUCAUCCACAGUUUUUUGCUUGAAUCUGAGUGGGUCGUUGUGCUAAUUCUCUCCUUCUCUGUUCUGGCCAGGCUGGCAGAUUCUACCUUUAUAGAAGACAAUAUAUAUACAUGCAUAUUGUAGCUAGAAACAAAUCCCUUAUUUGCUUAGAAUGUCUCUAUAAACUGGAGACAGAUAACCUGAUUGUAUACAAUACCAUGUUAAAAAUAAGUAUUAACGUUGGGGAAAUGAGAAUGGUACAUCCUCUGUUUGAAGCAUUUCAUUUUGGAUCGUUUAGAUUUUGCAUUGAACUGCUGAACAUCUGCAUACAUCUGUAUGUUUAUACAUAUUUAAAUAUUUGCAUAUAUUAAAUUUGUGUUUUUAUUCUAUUUACAAAGUGCCCACUGCAUCCUUUUAAUACUUGUAUUUAUGUCUGGAGAUGUAACAUAAGCAAAAUAAACCCUUUAAAACUGUGUGAUGAUUGUAAUGCAAUUUUAAAAGUUGUAUUAUUUUGUAAUUAGUUGUCAAAUGGUAAAUAUUAAUAAAAUCUUUCCACGAACAGUAAA